CAUUUGUCCGUAUUCACUAGAGAAUCCGCAGGCCUAGUUAUCCACGUCGACAACCGCCCUAUUGGAACGGAGUUCCAAGGGCAGGAGUCUGCAAUCAUGGCAAUAAAAUUGCGCGCAUCAACGGUUCUGCUAAUAAUAUUACUUUCCAUGCCCUCGUUGAGCCAAGUUCCAGAACGCGAAUAUGAGUUGCUUUCUGAAGAAGGCAAGCAAGUUACAAAAGACGUGCGCAUGAUGCUCUCUGGACCGACACGACUGUUUCUCUACAGGGCCGUGAACAUGCCGACAUACGCAAGAAGAGUGAAAUGCUGGAAAACACGCUUUAGUAGACAAAUUACCACCUUUCGAUCAUACCGCCAUGACCUGACAUAUAUUGAAGUUUUAAGCCCAAUACAGGUGCCCAGCGGAACUUUGGAACGCAACAGCUGGAACAUUAGGCAAGCUGACUUCAUUAUGCGGGCAAAACAUGGCGUUCCAGCUAUAUUGCUAAUUGCCACCUACUUUAACAAGACAGUAGACUGGAGUUUGAGUGAUUAUUAUUAUAUCCUUGGUGCGCAGCCUUCUUGCUAUGUUAUGGCUGCCCUGGAACCGACUAGAGGUAAAGGAAGGGCAAUUUGCAUGUACUGGAUAAAAGAAGGCACUAUAAAUGAAACGCGCACAGCAUGCGAUGCAUCUUAUGAGCCAUGCCGCAGCAUUGGUGGAGCAGUGUACAACUUAAGUAAAGAAACGUGUGAUUUCGGCAAGGAUUGAACAUGUGUACCGUACAGCAAUGUGUUUCCCUGUUGUAUGUGAAUGGGCUAAUAAAAUCAAGAAGAUGAGCA